CUGAAGUUGGAAAAGGCAGUGCAGUUCAUUGUUUCUUCUGGCUUCCUCAAGUUCACUGUCACAGGGUCACUGAAUGCAAUUACCAUGUCUGACUCAGUAAUUCUUCGCAGUGUGAAGAAAUUUGGGGAGGAAAAUCAUGGUUUUGAGUCAGAUAGAUCAUAUAACAAUGAUAAGAAUUCACGGUUACAAAAUGAGAAGAAAGGUGACAGCAGUCAAGUUGGCUUCUUUCAACUGUUUCGAUUUUCCUCAGCGACUGACAUUUGGCUGAUGUCUGUGGGAGGUAUAUGUGCAUUUCUCCACGGCCUGGCCCAUCCAGGUGUGCUCCUCAUUUUUGGCAGCAUGACAGAUGUUUUUAUUGACUAUGAAAAUGAAGUACAAGAACUCAAGAUCCCUGGAAAAGCAUGUGUAAAUAACACCAUAGUGUGGACCAACAGCUCCCUCAACCAGAAUGUGACAAAUGGAACGCGUUGUGGGUUGCUGGACAUUGAAAGUGAGAUGAUCAAAUUUGCCAGUUACUAUGCUGGAGUUGCUGCUGUAGUACUUAUUGCAGGAUAUAUUCAAAUAUGCUUUUGGGUAAUUGCCUCGGCUCGUCAGAUACAGAAAAUGAGAAAAUUUUACUUUAGGAAAAUAAUGAGAAUGGAAAUAGGGUGGUUUGACUGCAAUUCAGUGGGAGAGCUGAAUACAAGAUUUUCUGAUGAUAUUAAUAAAAUCAAUGAUGCCAUUGCCGACCAAAUGGCCAUUUUCAUUCAGCGCAUGACCACGAGCAUCUGUGGGUUCCUGCUGGGAUUUUACCAGGGCUGGAAACUGACCUUGGUUAUCAUCUCUGUCAGCCCUCUCAUUGGGAUUGGAGCAGCCAUGAUUGGUCUGAGUGUGUCCAGGUUUACUGACCGUGAAUUGAAGGCAUAUGCCAAAGCAGGGUCAGUGGCUGACGAAGUCAUUUCAUCCAUUCGAACAGUGGCUGCUUUUGGUGGUGAGAAAAAAGAGGUUGAAAGGUAUGAGAAAAAUCUCAUGUUUGCCCAGCGUUGGGGAAUUAGAAAAGGGAUAGUGAUGGGAUUCUUUACUGGAUUCAUGUGGUGUCUCAUCUUCCUGUGUUACGCACUGGCCUUCUGGUACGGCUCCAAACUUGUCCUGGAUGAUGGAGAAUAUACAGCAGGAACCCUUGUCCAGAUUUUCCUCAGCGUCAUAGUGGGAGCUUUAAAUCUUGGCAAUGCAUCUUCCUGUUUGGAAGCCUUUGCAACUGGCCGUGCAGCAGCCACCAGCAUUUUUGAGACAAUAGACCGGGAGCCUGUUAUUGACUGCAUGUCAGAAGAUGGUUACAAGUUGGAUCGAAUUAAAGGUGAAAUUGAAUUCCGUAAUGUGACCUUCCACUAUCCUUCCAGACCAGAGGUGAAGAUUUUAAAUAACCUUAAUAUGGUCAUCAAAUCAGGGGAAGUGACGGCUAUGGUAGGACCCAGUGGAUCUGGGAAAAGCACAGCCCUGCAGCUCAUUCAGCGAUUCUACGACCCCAGUGAGGGCAUGGUGACUUUGGAUGGCCAUGACAUUCGCUCUCUGAACAUCCAGUGGCUUAGAGCUCAGAUUGGAAUUGUGGAGCAGGAGCCUGUGCUCUUCUCCACCACCAUCGCGGAGAACAUUCGCUAUGGCAGGGAGGACGCAGCGAUGGAAGACAUAGUCCGGGCUGCCAAGGAAGCUAAUGCCUACAACUUCAUCAUGGAGCUGCCGCAGCAAUUUGACACUCUUGUUGGAGAAGGAGGAAGCCAGAUGAGUGGCGGCCAGAAACAAAGAGUAGCCAUUGCCAGAGCCCUUGUCCGAAAUCCCAAGAUCCUGCUUUUCGACAUGGCUACCUCGGCACUGGACAAUGAGAGCGAAGCCAUGGUGCAAGAGGCACUGAGUAAGAUUCAGCAAGGGCAUACAAUCAUUUCAGUCGCUCAUCGCCUAUCCACGGUUAGAGCUGCAGAUGUCAUUAUCGGUUUUGAACAUGGUACAGCAGUGGAAAAAGGCACACAUGAAGAAUUGUUGGAAAGAAAAGGAGUUUACUUCACUCUAGUGACUUUGCAAAGUGAAGGAGAUCAAACCCUUAAUGAAGAGGGCAUGAAGGGAAAAGAUGACACCGAAGGUGCUUUGCCUGAGAGCAAACAGACCUUUAGUAAAGGGAGCUACCGGGAUAGUUUAAGAGCUUCCAUCCGGCAACGCUCCAAGUCUCAGCUUUCUUACUUGGUACAUGAGCCUCCGUUAGCUGUUGUAAAUCAUAGAUCUCUUUACGAAGAAGACAGAAAGGACAAGAACCUUCCCAUGGAAGAAGAAAUUGAACCUGCCCCGGUCAGGAGGAUUCUGAAACUCAAUGCCCCAGAAUGGCCCUACAUGCUGGUAGGGUCUGUGGGUGCAGCUGCCAAUGGGGCAGUCACACCCCUUUAUGCCUUUUUAUUCAGCCAGAUUCUUGGGACUUUUUCACUGCCUGAUAAAGAAGAGCAAAGGUCGCAGAUCCAUGGUGUGUGCCUGCUUUUUGUAGUGAUGGGCUGUGUAUCCCUUUGCACUCAAUUUCUGCAGGGAUAUGCUUUUGCUAAAUCUGGAGAACUCCUCACAAAAAGGCUACGUAAAUUUGGUUUCAGAGCAAUAUUAGGGCAAAACAUUGGCUGGUUUGAUGACGUCAGAAAUAGCCCUGGAGCACUGACAACAAGGCUUGCUACAGAUGCCUCCCAAGUUCAAGGGGCUACCGGCUCUCAAAUUGGAAUGAUGGUCAAUGCCUUCACUAGCAUCGCUGUGGCCAUGAUUAUCGCCUUCUUCUUUAGCUGGAAGCUAAGCCUGGUCAUAGUGUGUUUCCUCCCUUUCUUGGCUUUAUCGGGAGCUGUACAGACCAAAAUGUUGACAGGAUUUGCCUCUCAAGACAAGCAGGCUCUGGAGAUUGCGGGACAGAUUACAAGUGAAGCCCUUAGUAACGUCCGCACUAUUGCUGGAAUUGGAAAGGAGAGGCAGUUUAUUGAAGCAUUUGAGAGAGAGCUGGUGAAGCCAUUCAAGACUGCCAUUCGAAAAGCAAAUGUUUAUGGAUUCUGCUUUGGCUUUUCCCAAUGCAUUGUGUUUGUUGCUAAUUCUGCUUCCUACAGAUAUGGAGGUUACUUAAUCUACAAUGAAGGGCUCCAUUUCAGCUAUGUGUUCAGGGUGAUCUCUUCAGUUGUGCUGAGUGCAACAGCUCUUGGAAAAGCCUACUCUUAUACUCCAAGUUAUGCCAAAGCUAAAAUAUCAGCUGCACGGUUUUUUCAACUGCUGGACCGACGACCUCCUAUCAGUGUAUACAGUGGUGCAGGUGAAAAAUGGGACAAUUUCCAGGGGCAGAUUGACUUUGUUGACUGUAAAUUUACAUAUCCAUCUCGACCUAAUAUACAAGUUCUGAAUGGUCUCUCAGUGUCGGUUAGUCCAGGGCAAACACUGGCAUUUGUUGGAAGCAGUGGAUGUGGCAAAAGCACCAGCAUUCAGCUGUUGGAACGUUUCUAUGAUCCUGACCAAGGGAAGGUGAUGAUAGACGGGCAUGACAGCAAAAAGGUCAAUGUUCAGUUUCUCCGCUCGAACAUAGGAAUUGUUUCCCAGGAACCAGUGUUGUUUGCCUGCAGCAUAAUGGACAAUAUCAAGUAUGGGGACAACACCAAAGAAAUUCCCAUGGAAAAAGUCAUAGAAGCCGCAAAGCAGGCUCAGCUGCAUGACUUUGUCAUGUCUCUCCCAGAGAAAUAUGAAACUAACGUUGGGUCCCAGGGGUCUCAACUCUCUCGUGGACAGAAACAACGCAUUGCUAUUGCUCGGGCCAUCGUGCGAGAUCCUAAAAUCUUACUGCUAGAUGAAGCUACUUCUGCCUUAGACACAGAAAGUGAAAAGACAGUGCAGGUUGCCCUGGACAAAGCCAGAGAAGGCCGGACCUGCAUUGUCAUUGCCCACCGGCUGUCCACCAUCCAGAACUCAAAUAUCAUUGCUGUUGUGUCACAGGGGACAGUGAUUGAAAAGGGGACCCACAAAGAGCUGAUGGCCCAGAAAGGAGCCUAUUACAAGCUGGUCACCACAGGAGCCCCUAUCAGUUGACUUGACUCAAGAACUUCACGCACAGAUGAUGUACCCAUUAUAAGAUGCCAUGGUUAUUUUUUAUUUUCCUUUUAGAAGAAAUGAUGAUUAUUUUACUUCUACACACAUUGUCAUACAUUGGGAUCCAAGCUAAUUUCUAAUGACCUUCAGGAACAAUUUAGUUUUAAAUGUCUAUAUGUAGAAAAUGAAAGAAACUAGGUCCAGUGUGUGUGAAAAGCCAACGUCUAGCUGCUUCCCAGGUCACUCAGUGCUUUCUCUGUGCAGGAGCCAGUCUUGUCACUACACAGGAAUUAAUGAGAGGUCUUGGAGUAAUGAGACUUUGAACACCUCAAGGACUGAGGAGCUUUUUUUUUUUUUCAUUUUUGAGUCAAUAAUUUGUCAGCUCCAAGAUGAUAGAAUUGAGAAAUAUUCAUUCUGCCUGUUAGGAUAGAGCAGUGCCUUCCAAUCAAAAUAUAGUAUGGGCCACUAAUGAGAGCCACAUAUAUAAUUAAAAUUUCCUAGUUACACUAAAGAAAGGAAAACAGAAAAGAUGAAAUUAAUGUUAGUAAUAUAUUUUAUUUAACAUGAUGUAUUCAAAAUAUUCUCACCACCACAUGUAGUUAAUAUAAAAAUUAUUAACACUGUAUCAUGUUAAAUAUUCAAACACCAAUGUGUACUUACACUUACUGCAUAUCUCAGUUCAGAGUAGCCACAUGUCAAGUUCCCAGUAGAAACAUGUGACUAGAGGCUACUCUAUGAGACAGAGUGAGUUAGAGAAUCUAGAUUCUGAACCUCAGCUGUUCCUUUACAAUUGGAGCUUUAUAAAAACAUUAUCCCAGCUUCUCCCUUGAAACUUGUCUUUAUACUGUACUCUGAAACUUUGGAAAACUUGUUUAGACAAAGAUCAUAGUGCCCAUUUGGACUAAAGAGAGAUGUUGUUAGAAUUAGACAUCAUGAUGUCAGGAGUUACAAAUAAAAUUAUAUUAACUCUUCUCAGAGGGAUCAAAGUCCUUUGCAUUCUUUACAUCAAAUGCAUUACAUUUUAUUUGAUUCACCUGUUUGAGUUGAGUUGGCAAAGGGAGAGAACUAAGACUGCUUAGCCUUAGUGUAAUGCAAUGUAACUUUAAAAGCUGCCAUAUUACCUAAUUCCCUUGAGGUCUUCUUUCCAAAAUAAGUUUAGUUCCAAUUAAUUUAUUAGAAUUGUUUAUAAUUUUUUCCUAUGAAGAAUUCUUAUGGAUAGCUGGAGCAGCAGAUCUUCCAACUUAUUUUAGAAAGAAAAUGUCAGUCAUUUGAUGCUUGUCAAAAUUACAUGGAGGCAGAUGUCCAUAAGCCAGGAAUGUUAUUAUUUGAGGAAAAAGUAAGAGUUGGCCUAAAGAGUCUUUUGUCUAGAAACUCUUUUUUUUUAAUAUAGUUACUCAAUGUCUAUUCUACAUGUGCUUUUAAGAAAUUAUUUCAAUGAAAAAACACUUUGAACUUAAUGGUGCAUUCACGCAUGCAAUUUUUGACAAUUAAACACUCACUAAAAAAUGUAGAACCUGAAAUAUUUUGAUACUAUGUCCUGAAAGAUAAAAAUACAUAGGAUCAUAAUUAAGUGUGGUUUGUCACAUAUUUAUUAAUAAAUUAAAUGUAAAUUUCCUAUCCUAAGAAAAUAUUAGAACAAUAUCAGGUUGGCUUAAGAUCACAUCUCAUAUUUCCAACCAAGAGUUGGAUUUAUUAAUACCUCAUGCAUUUAGAUUUUCUCUGUAAGCAGGUCACAGAAGGAUAUUAGCGGAGAUUAAAAAUUUGCAAAUUUUAUUGCUAUUUUCAAACAAAAUUUGAGAUAAAUUUACAUAUGUGUGUACCAUUAUAAAAUAAUUAUGUCUAUGUGCAUUUGCUUUAAGUUUCCAGAUCAAGUGAAUAAACUCACCUACCCCUAAGAUGUGGGAGAUGAAAGUAACUUAACUUAGAAACCCAAUUCCAAUUUCUUUCACACUGUGUUCAAUUAAAUGCCCAAUUAAUUUAAAUGAGUGGACAGUAAAUAAAGCAGUGCGCAUGAUUAUCGUCUAAUUGUCACUGGCCAGCAUUAUAAUAUGCUCAUUAGUGAGUUGUAUGGUAUCCUAAGGCUCAUAAUGAGUAAUCAGGGCACACAUGAUUGGCAUAUAGCUGUCUGGAUGCAACUACUCAAUGAAAUAAAUCAGCACUUGGACAAAAUGUGCAGUAGAUUAAGGAAAAAGAAUACAUAGCCAGCUGGUGAAUUGGCAAUUCCCUCCUGUUUGUAAUUCAGGUACAGCUUCUACUCUCAGAUACAAAUAGAUAAAUGUGAGAAGAACAAAAUAGCUAGAGAUAAAAAGGGAAAUGUUCACCCAAGGUGGCCCAGAACAGUGUCUAUGAUUAUUAAGAAUGAUCACUGAAAAGAGAGAAAAUAAUGCUAUCAUACUGGCUGAGAAUAUAUAUUUUUGAUAUAUCAAGUAUGGAAUCAAAGUUGGAGAUAAACGAUGUUUUCAUAAAAUUCUUGGAAGCUGAAAAUUUAAUUAACCAUUUAAAUAUACCUGAAGAUGACAUUCACAAAGUAUUUUAUAAUUUAUAAAGCAUUUUGCCUUUGUAUUUUUUGUAUGUCACUGUGAAACCAUCUAAUAGGCUGCAGGGGAGGAGUGCAGUUGUAAGUUGCAUUUACUUUUAUAUAUAUUAGUAUAUAAGUCACUAAGGCAGGCAACGCAGAUUAGUUCAUUUGACACUCAAUUCUACCCCCCUUUCUCUUGCUUGUCUCUAUUACAGAGGCUAGAAAAUAAAGUAGUUACCUUCUUAGACUCCUUUGCAGCUAGGGGAGGCCAUGUGACACUGUUUUAGUCAAUGAAAUAUAGGCACAAGUCUCUAGGGAGGCUGU